UCCGAAACCAUCCGUAUCCUUCUUCAACGGGCUAAGAUCCGUCCGCCAAUGGUAUACGAUGGUGACCUGAGGAAUGCGUCAUACAGAAGUCUUGCAUUGUCUCACAAAGAAAGAAAAGCCCUUUUGAAGGAAACGUCUUUCAACACACACCUUCCCGACACAUCACUGCUCCUUCUUUCUCCCUGCUUCCUCCCAUCCGUUUAAAUCUCUGGGAGAGGAAAUCGUUUCUGGCUCUAUGGUUGGAGACACUGGUGAAUCUGGCUGAGCGGAACGAGAAGAACCAAAAAAACGGAGACCCUUUUGGAUUUUGAUGGGCUUCUGAUUAGUUUUGUCUGAUUCUGAGAAAUGGGUUCAUCCGCCGGAGAUGCCGAUGAUGAGUUCUAGUGAACUGGCUUCUUCUUGUAUAGCUGUUUGAGGCAUUCGAUUGUGAGAUUUACCGAGUAUGAGACGAGGUAGAGGAAAAGGCAAGAAGCUGAACACUGCUGCUGCUGCUGCAAGGGAAGAAGGCGGAAGUGGCGAGGAAGAAAAGAUUCCUGCCCACAGGAGAAGAGGAAGGCCACAGAAGCCUGUCAAAGAUGACACCGGGUUAGAAGAACCAGCGGAGAAGAUAGAGGAAGGCAGCGACAUAAUAAAGAGUUCAAUAACCGGUAAAGAUUUGAAUAACGAAGCUGUCACAGAGAACGGGAGGAAGAGAAAGAGAUCUAUGCAGACCAAAGAACACAAUGCAGAAGUUACCAAAGAAGAAGAGAACGGUGUAGAAUCCAAAUCAAGAGCGGACGGAUCGGUAAAAUCAUCAAUAGGAUACAGACAGAACGGUAGCCGGAGGAAAAACAAGCCAAGACGGGCGGCUGAGGCCGUUAUCGAGUGUUACGGGUUUUGAGAAACUUGCAAACAUGGUGGUGACCGAUCCCCCUUCGAAUUUUUUGGUCACUCCAUCCAGGUGAGGAAGCAUUUUGACAGAAUUUUGUUUUUCAGACAUCCCUUUUUUUCCCCCAAAUGUUACUUUUGAACAAAUGGAUUAUGUUUUCUUGAUUAAGAGGUGUUUUCUUUUUAUGUU